AUGUCACCCUCCCCUACGCCGACACCUCCCCCCAAACGCCCCUCAGAAUCCGACCUGCGCAUCUACACCUCGCAACCUUCUCUAGACGUUCCUGCAGUCGGCGAGGCCGGACGACCGCCGCCCGUUAAGUUUAUGUCAACACCCGCAUACCAGAGCCCGUUACGACACCACAAGCGCGCAGCUUCCUCGACAAGACGUGUCAAGGAAACCUUCAAUGCGCGCUCCGAGUACAGCAACAGCGAAGAUGACGGCAGCGCCCAGCACCGCAUCAACCAAUACCUAGUCAAGCAGGAGAUUGGCCGCGGCUCCUUUGGCGCCGUUCACCUUGCCGUAGACCAGUAUGGCCAAGAAUAUGCUGUCAAGGAAUUCUCAAAGUCGCGAUUGCGAAAACGCGCCCAGUCCAACCUCCUCCGCCGACCCGCGGCUGCGAAGCGAAUGCGCGCCCUCCCAGCUGGCAUAGGCUUCAACUCGCCCCUGCACCGCCACUCCGUCACCGAAGAGAACAAUGCCUUUGAGCUCAUCAAGGAAGAGAUUGCCAUUAUGAAGAAGCUGAACCACCCCAACCUGGUUACCUUGAUCGAGGUGUUGGACGACCCCGAGGAAGACUCGCUAUACAUGGUUAUGGAGAUGUGCAAGAAGGGCGUCGUCAUGCAAGUUGGUCUCGAGGAGCGCGCCGACCCAUACAGCGAAGAGCAGUGUCGGUGUUGGUUCAGAGACAUGAUACUGGGUCUCGAAUACCUCCACGCCCAGGGUAUUAUCCACCGUGACAUCAAGCCCGACAACUGCCUCAUCACAGAAGAGGAUGUGCUAAAGAUUGUCGAUUUCGGCGUUUCAGAAAUGUUCGACAAGGAAGGCGAGAUGAAGACGGCAAAGUCAGCGGGCUCGCCAGCGUUUAUGCCGCCUGAGCUGUGUGUUGCCAAGCACGGGCAUGUCUCGGGAAGAGCUGCGGAUAUAUGGUCUAUGGGCUGCACGCUGUACUGCCUCCUUUUUGGACGGAUACCAUUUGAAAAGCACGGCAUGAUUGAGCUCUACCAAUCAAUACGAAUGGACCCUUUGGAAUUCGAGACUGACUGCAAUCCGGAGCUGAAGGAACUUCUCCAGCGGCUAAUGGAGAAGGACCCCAAGAAGAGGAUCACCAUGGAAGAGAUUAGAGAACACCCCUGGGUCACACGGCAAGGAACAGACCCUCUACUAGCAAAGUCGGAAAACGUGGCCAUCAUUAUUGAUCCGCCGACCGACGAGGAGGUCAAUGCUGCUAUUACAGGCAACAUGGGCCACUUGGUCACAGUGGUACGGGCGGUCAAGCGCUUCAAGCAACUGUUGUUCAGAAGGCGACCCGACCGUAUUGAGAGUAUACUAGGUAGUGCCUCGCGAAUUGUUCAGCCUCCCAUGUCCAUGCGACCAUCGGCACUACGCAAAUCAAAAUCACAAGACACACAUGACCGACGACCAGUCGAAGGCGCACUCUUCACCGAGGGUGUACAUCACCGCAUCAACAUCGACGAGCGGGGCCAGAGGCUUCCCCACAACAUGGACGACAUGGCCUAUAUCAAACCCGGUCUCCGAGCCGAAGCAGCAGGAAGACGUCCAGCUCCCCGAUCGCCUGCAACCAGCAGUCCAACCACCCCAACAGUGCCAGGUCUCGACGGCAAUGCCAAGGUCAUCCACGAAAACAUGUCCAUCCGUCCAGCGCCAAUUCAUUCCAUCUCCACCCCCGGCGGCAUCGCGCCCUCGUCAUCAACACCAACCACACCUCUAGGCAAAGGCCACGCGCACAACCCGCUCGAAGACACGCUCUUCCUCAACAUUGGCACAGGCGAGGAUUUCCCCCCUGCUCCAGAAGACGGCUGCAUCGUGUCGGAAUCGCCGUCCAACGUGGAUAUCAACGUGUACGAAACGGCCUACGAAGAAGAAGUCCAGCGCAUCAUUGCCCAGCGCCGCGAACAAUUCGCCGCAAGCGCCGCUGCCAACGCCCGUCGACCUACCUUGUACCUCACGCGCCGCGUCGAAAACGUAAAGAGCAUCCGCGACAGCGACGCCAUUUUCGACGAGGGCCAAGACCUCCGCCAGAAUAUUAAGGUCUCAUUGAAGAGUUUUGUUACCAAGACUAAAGAAGAUAUCGAGGCGAGGGGGGAGUUGCAGAAGUUGCAAGAGGGGAAAGAAGGGAAACUUAGUCGCACCAUGCGUAAUGUGAGGGAGGCGAAGCGGUUGGUGGAGGAGGCGAGGGAGAGGGUUAAGACGGAGGAGAGGGAUCGGGAGAGGGAGAGGAGUCGGAGUGCGACGCCCGUGUUGAGGACGAAUAGUUCGGCGAGUGUGUUGUCGAGGAGUGGGACGCCGGUUGGUAGUUGA